CAUGGAAUAAACGGGUUUUCAAAGGAUAUUUUUCAGUUGGUGAUUUUCUGUAAGUUAAUGUCGACGGACGCGGCUUGGUUCUUACCAGAAAGGCGUGGGGAUGUGGCGCCGCCGUCCAACAACGCUUGUAUACCGGAUAUAUUCAACAAGCUGGACGCUAGCAGCAUGGAGAGGACGCGCGUCCUCAACUCGCAGCUCGAUAUGAGACUCCACGUGCAGGAACGGAAGUUGUUACAAUACAGGACGGCAGCAGAGCACCGCUUUCAGGUAGAGAGGGACAAACUCAAAAACGUGCUCCGGAAUAUUCCACGGCGGCUCCCCAACUACUCCGAUAUCCCACAGCUGGAAACUAAGGUCCAUAAAUUAAAACAGUCACAGCGACGACGAGGACAGCCUUCGAACAAGCAUGAUUGUGUGUUUACUACCACACCCAUGGACAUGAAGGGUCUGGCAGAUGACACACAGGGGAGGGCGUUUUGUGGCCGAUUCUUUUCUCACCAUUUCCAUCAACAUCUACCGGUCAAGACGCGUCGCCCUCGGUGAAAACGCGUGUGGGAGAGAUAGAUUUACAUUUAUGUUUGCCUUGCACGACCAAGUGUGCAUGAAAUGUUUUACGUGGAAGCUAUGCACUCACGUAUGAUUAGUGCAUGCAAUUCAGCUUCAACAUUUGUGCAGACCUUUAAUUUUUUGUGUUCGUCUGUACAUCGCCAUUUAACAACUGAUAAGAAAUGUCCUUCCGAAAUCCGGCAGGUUUAAUUAAACCACCGUGGUUUCAAGGUCUCUGCGCAUCAUGACUUAAUUAUUAACAUGGCGGGCGAAUUAUUGCAUUAAUAUGUUGAUUUAUAGUGUUCAAUUAAAUGUGUUGUUCUGUA